AUGAAUACGUGCGUGGGCAGCGGGGGAGGGGAGAGCAGCUAUCUUACUACUGCAGCCACUCGGAUGAAGCCCCGUAAACGCACCUCAUUCACCCACAAGCAGCAGAAGGCGCUGAAGGCUCUGUUUAGCCAGACCAGGUACCCGGAGAAGAAGGUCCUGAAAGCGCUGGCUGAGAGAUUCACACUGUGUGAGAAAUCAGUGAAGGCUUGGUUCAGGAACAGGCGGUUCAAAAUGAAGCAGCAGCAAAAGCAGGAAGAGCCACGAAGGCAGGAUGAAGAGCCACACAGCCCCCUUUCAUAUGAGUCCAUAGGUUCCUCUAACUCAUCAGAGGACGUUGACGUCCCAGAGGGUCCCACAGUUGAUUUCCAAGUGCAGGAACUUCAGUUGGAGAGGCUGGAGCCCUCAGUUCCUACUGUGUAUUCUAAUAUCUAUGACAUAACCCAAAUUACAGCACUGUACAGUUUUCUUGAUGAGGGUCAGGCUGCCAGCUGUUCCUUCAGCUGUCUGUAUCAGUAUCUUUCACCUGCAGGGUCCCGGCUAGCAAGACAGAGUGUCUCUCCAUGCACCUUUUGUGGUCCACUAGUAGGUCCAUCUACUGGACAAAGCUAUACACCCAGUGUGAUGAGCCAAGGCUCUACUGACCAGAGUCUCAGGCACCCUGACAGUCCAGAACCUUUUCAGUAA